UUUUUAAAUAAAUUACAACGUGUGAGACGAAAAUUUGAUAGCGAAAGAGAAGAGACUUUGGUUGAAAUAAAUAAAGUAUUUACUCAGACGAAUGUAACAAAAAGCAACAUAAAUAGAGUCGUAACACGUUAUAAAUUUACACUUUCAAUGGUUUUUUAUAAUGUUUUAUUGCGUCGGUGGACAUAACUUUUAAAAUCUGACGUGUAGUGUCGACAGUGUUAGUUGAGCUUAAACAGCGGAGGAACAUAAUGCAGCCCGAGAAGAUUCCAGUGUGGUUUAAAAUAAGCUAAAAGUACUGUAUACCGCCCAUGAAAGUUAUUAGCGUUUCUUUAGUAAACUAUAAACACACAUAUAACACUAUUUUCAGUGCAUGAGUGGAUGUGAAAAAAAUACUCAUGAGAUUUUCACAUUUCCGAGACCGAAACGACGGUAAAAAUAUCUUAACAUGUAUACGUCUGAAUGUAGAAACAUAAAUACGCAGUGUAUACAUUUUUUAGUAUUGUAUGAUAUUUUUCCGUCCGAGCUAUCAUACGAUGAAUUUUUAAACUACCAAACGACCAACUAUUUCGUACGUUAUUCAGUACGCUUCACCGACAUGCGAUACACUCUAGUAAUAGAUGAGAAAUAUGUAGCAUUGCUGUUGGAUGAAUUUGAAUAUCUAUUAUAAAAGCUUGUUGGGAAUAAAAUUUAAAAGAUAAAAAUUUAAAAAGUAAUUUAGUAGCCGUACCCAUGCCAAACAAUUUUCACUGCUGCCCAAUUUUCACUUCAGAGAAAAAAUAUAACUGUCGACCAUUUUCUAAACCGGAAGUUACGUUAUUCUCGGGAAACAGGAACAAAAAAAGGCACAAUCUAUAUACGUGUAUAAUGAUAAUAAUCGUUGGUAUGAAACUGUAGCAAUGACAUAGAAAAUGUUUCAAAAAAAGCUUAUUUUAAAAUCACUGAAAAUUUGAAAAGAUGUGUGCUAGAAUUCGAAAAAUUUUCAAGCUAAGUCGUGAUGAUCAGCUGAGUAAUAAAAGAUGAAGAAAUAAAUUCUGUAUAAUCCGAGCAAUCUGAGAUUUAGUUUUUGAUAGUGAAACUAUAAUCUUUUAUUCAAACUUUUCGAGUAGAGAUAGCCGGGUUAUAUCGAUUUCAAGGAAUAAAAUAUCAUCUCAGAGACUGAAUAAUUUCUGUGAAUGCAGUAGAGUUAAUCGAAAUGAUGGUUUAGGAUUGACAAUGUUUAGUGUACUGUAAAAAUUAGUCAAUGUAAAAAUAUUGUAAUACUCGGGAGAAAAAGUUGUAGAGCAAACACGUUUUUGGAAUUAUGUAGUUAAUUUUAAGAAAUUACUAUUUAAUUCGAAUAGUUACUGCACGAUGGUAUUAUCUCAUAUUAAUAUGUGUACACUUAUAUUUGAGAAUACGGGAGGGGGAAGAAGACGAAAGAAGAAGAAGAAAAAGCCAUGGAGGUGGAAAAGUAUUUCCGGGAUAGUUAUAAAAGUUAUCCUGUGAGUUUUGGCUUCAGUUUGUGUGGGAGACACUCAUUGGAAGUUUGCUUGUUAGGAUAGACGUGUUUUUCUAGAAAUAAGUAAAAAGAAAAUGUCCGGAAAAAUGGAUGAUGAACAAGUACAAAUGUUAAAAAGAGCUUUUUCAAUGUUCGACUCAACAAAGUCUGGAAAAAUCGACAAAGAAAAAGUUAGAACCAUUUUGAAUACACUGGGUCACACUUUCGAUGAUCAAGAGCUCGAGUUACUUUUGAAACAAGAAGACGUUGAUGGCAAUGGAGUGCUUAACUUUGACUCGUUUUAUCGCGUGGCGACUCAUUUCCAAGAAGAUGAUGAUGAAGCGCUUCAAAAAGAAUUAAAAGAAGCAUUUCGUCUCUACGACAAAGAGGGCAAUGGAUAUAUCCCAACAAGUUCAUUGCGUGAAAUCCUGGCUGCUUUGGACGAUCAAAUUACACCGGAUCAAAUGGACGGAAUGAUUGGUGAAAUUGAUACCGAUGGAUCAGGAACCGUUGACUUUGAUGAAUUUAUGGAAAUGAUGACUGGAGACUAAAAAUAUGCAAGUUUCACAAUGAAAAACAAAAAGCGUAUAAUAAAAUUAUAAAUUAUACAAUACCCAGCCCGUUGAGAAAUAGUUUAAUACAAUA